CUUUAUUUUAGGAGGUUCUCUCAUCUCAGAAGGAGGGACCCUUCUGGUGGCUUACAAUGAGGUGAAGAAAGGAGCGCAGAGAGAAAAGAUGAGCAUGCUGGAAUAUGUACGCCGCAGCCGCGACCCCAGCGUGAACGUGGUCCUGCUGGAAGACCUGGCCGCGGUGGGGGGCGUGGCGGUGGCGGCGUCCUGCAUGGGCCUGGCGGCCCACCUGGGGAAUCCAUUCUACGACGCCUUGGGCUCGCUGCUGGUGGGCACACUGCUCUCCUCGGUGGCGGCCUUCAUCGUGUACUCCAACGCGGCCGCCCUCGUCGGCCGCUCCAUCCCCUUCGAGGCCAUGCAGCAGAUCAACAAGGAGCUGGAGAGCGACGUGAUGAUCAGGGCCAUCCACGACGUAAAGGCCACAGACAUGGGUAACUUCGUGGUGCGAUACAAGGCAGAGAUCGACAUCGACGGCAGGGAGUUGACCCGUUCUUACUUAGACACCCAGGACUUGGAACUCCUGCUAGAGGAGGUGUCGAGGAUAGAGACGAUAGAGCAGUUGGAUGCUUUCAUGCUCAAGCAUGGCGAGAACAUUGUGGAUUUGCUCGGUGCUCAGGUGGAUAGGAUUGAGAAGAACCUCAAGAAACGUCAUCCAGAGGUGCGACACGUUGACCUGGAGGUGCUUUGAUCCGUGGCGCUUCUUGUGAUAACUGGUGCGCCGUGGCAGUGCUUAUUUAAACAGGCCCUUGUACAUACAGUCAUAAAGGAACAACCUGAUGGGUUGACCAUACCAAUG